GUAACACGGUUAUCAAAUUUGAAUAAAAGACCAACAGAAAUGUUCAAAGAAAUUAAUUGAAGAAGCGACCAUGAAGUUCUUGAUACUAGCGUUUUUUGUUUCCAUCAGUGUAGCUGUUAAGAUUACUCCAGAUAUUAUUGAAUCAUGGGAGGCUACUAUCGCUCCUUACGUGGAAAAGUGCAAAGCGGAAUCAAACGUAAAUUCAAGGCACGUCGAGAAAUUGAAGUUUUUGGAAUUUGCUGAGGAGAAGGAGUUCUUUUGCUAUGUAAAAUGUUUAUAUAAAAAUAUUGAGUUUAUUGAUAAAAAUGGAAACAUCAACAUCGAUCAAAUUGUUAAAUUAUCUAUUGAUAUAGAUAUUGCGACCAAAUGCAAAGAAAGAGCCGAACCGGAAGGGGACGAAUGUAGAAAGGCUUUUAUACUCUUAACGUGCAUUGUAGAUUAUAUGCAAUGAUUUAAGAAAAUUGAAUAAAAACGACUGAC